AAAAACUCGCUGAGUCCUCACUGGGUCAAAGUGUUUGAGAUUGACUAUGAGUUAGGAACGCCAAGCAAGGUCGCUGUUAACAUUUUCGACGAAGUCCGUAAAGGUGAGAAUAAGGGAAUUGGCAGCGCAGUCUUCGACAUCGGUGAGCUCCUCGGUGCCCGCGGCAACACCAAGGCGCGAAAACUAAAGAAGGGCGGAACGCUGUUUGCUACGGUUCGAAAAAGUCAAGGAUCCGGUAUGCUCCGUCUUCAAGUGAAAGGAACUAAGCUGAAGAACGUCGAAGGCAUGUUUUCGAAAAGUGACCCUUUUUUUGAACUUUCGCGGAAGGUUGAUGCUGCCGGGAGCUUGACUUGGGAUAACGUUUAUCGCUCCAAAGAUAUUCACAACAACCUCAAUCCCGAAUGGGAGACGGCCAUCAUUUCGUUGUCGACGCUAUGCGGGGGUAAUCUAGAUCUGCCCAUCCUGCUUUCUGUUUUUGAUCAUGAGAGUAGUGGAAAGCACAAGCCUAUGGGACAGCUAGAAACUAGCGUCAAUGGACUCAAACAAGCCGCCGAGACACGCAAUUCACUCCAGCUCCAACGGAAGGGUAAGGACGUCGGAGCGAUCACUGUAGUCAAAGCCGAGGCCAACUUUGUUGACUAUGUGAGUGGCGGCUGUGAAAUUAAUGUCGUCGUCGCUAUCGAUUUUACGGGCUCCAAUGGGGACCCUCGGAAGCCAGGAACUCUUCACUACUUGCAUCCUGACGGACGUAAAAACGAUUACGAAAAGGCAAUUUCAGCGAUCGUUGGAAUUCUUUCCAAGUACGACUCCGACCAGAAGUUUCCUGUGGUCGGCUUUGGAGCUAAGUAUGGCGGAGUCGUGCGACAUUGCUUCCAAUGUGGGCCUCACGAGGAAUCCCAUGGUGUUGCUGGCGUGCUGGAUGCGUACAAGCAGGUAUUUAAAUCAGGUCUCGUGAUGAGUGGACCCACUGUUUUUACUGAAGUCAUUGAAACCGCGGCCGCGCGAGCCAUGAGCUCGCAGUCCGAAGCGCAGCGAAAAGGCCAACAAUCCUAUACAGUUCUUUUGAUUCUUACCGACGGUGCGGUAUCCGACGUGCAGGCCACGGCGCACAGCUUGAAUCAAGUCAGUCACGCACCCUUGUCUGUCGUCAUUGUGGGGUUGGGAGAUGCAGACUUCUCCAGCAUGCAGUUCUUGGAUGAUUCCUCGAAGCCCGGUAAACGGGAUAUUGCCCAAUUUGUUCAGUUUAACCGCCAUGCGUCAAACAGUGUCGCCUUGACUUCGGAGACGUUGCACGAAAUCCCGGAGCAGUUGACUGGAUAUUUUUCAAGUAACGGUAUUUCUCCUUUGCCACCCAUUCAA